AUGACUAUUGGGGACGAUCAAUCUUGUCAACUGCUUGGGCCAGUUUCGUUGUUUAUUCAGUCCAUAAUGGGCCUUUUGGCGAUUACCGGAGUGCUGAUCAAACGGCGCUACGAAAAACCCAAGAGACGCUGGAGAGUAUGGUGGUUUGACGUAGGCAAACAGGUGCUAGGGUCGCUGAUCAUGCAUUUCCUAAACGUUGGGAUCAGUAUCUUGAAGCAAGGCGAUCGAACCUUUUUUGAAAUCGGUUUUGAAGAUGCCACCAGAGACGAUUCUGGCGGCGACCAGUGCGAUUGGUAUUUUCUCAAUCUGCUGAUGGACACUACGGCCGGGACACUAGUGCUGUGGCUGAUACUGCGACUCCUGGAAAACGGGUUUACGAAGCUUGGAGUGGAAAAUAUUGAGAGUGGGAACUACUACGCGGAAGUGGACCCUGAGCGGGCUACGGAAGAGGCCCAGCAAUCUCCAGUGCAUCGCGAUCCUCUCUUUAGCGCGUUCGGCAAACAACUCAUGGUCUUUGUGUGCGGAUUGUCGCUGGCCAAAAUCUGUGUUUUUUUGAUCUUGACCUAUUUCGAGGUCCUGGCCGUUUGGUUCGCUAAGCUGGCGUUGGGCUGGUCCAACCCGUGGCCCAAUUUCCAAAUAUUCCUAGUCAUGUUUGUGUUUCCAGUGCUUCUCAACUGUUUCCAGUACUUCUGCGUUGAUAGCAUUAUCAAGUUGCAUCCCAAGACUAUGUCGUCGAGCGAGCUCGAGAAUUUCGAGGCUGACCAAAGGGCAGCUCAGUCGACAGUUUUCAAGUCAGCCUACGGCGCUACUUCCUAG